AUGGCGUUGAACGCUACCCAAGGGAGCGUGUGGCUCAUGGCCACGACUGGCGCAGGGCCGUCGCCGGCUUUGGCUACGUCGAAUUUUAUGGUCAGAGCGGUUCCCGUGCUUCAAGCCGGCAUACCCGCCCGUUGUUUUCUUCAGUAUACUCCAGCCACAGCUGCGUCGCACCUGUCCCGAGAGGAGGCGCAAAAAGAACUGGCCUUCGAAAAUACGAUGAGGGAAGUAAUCCAGAAGGCUAUGAGCGGUCAGAUACCUGACGACAUCGUUUUGCGUAAACGACCGCACGGGGAUCCACUGUCCAGGAGACGUACGAAUCGCCCCUAUAUAAGAAAGAAACCUUAUCCUGCUUUGAAACCUAAGCCAGUGGACGAAGAACUCGUUAAGGCGAAGAGUCAGUUGCUGCAAGCCAAAGAAGAUUUGAGGAAGGCAAGGACAAAAGUAGCUAUCACUGCGUGGAGUCAUGAAGAAAAACAGCGUCUGCUGUUCGCGCUGCACGAGUAUGGAACCGAAAACAUGGCUGAGGUGCGAUAUUUUGUUCGAACCAAGACUUUUGGUCAGAUCUUGCACUACUUUCGAGAAAUUGGGUGUCAAUUACCAGAAAGGUUGUCUGAAUACGAGGAUUCCAAGGAGGAUAUAGACGGUGUUGGAUCAGAAGUGAGAAGAAAAUGUCCAGUAUCUUAUGAUAAAGAUAUGGCUGAGGGUUCCUCUUCCAUUGAACCAAUUAUUGAAGCUUCUCAGGACUGGCUCGAUUCUGAUGACCAACUGCUUGCCGCCAGUGAUCAGUUGGCAGCAACUUACAGGAAGUAUUUUGAAACUCGUGUUUUCCCGUCCGAAAUAAGAACUGUCGACGACCGAUACCAUAUUAAUCUCAAGCGAAUUGCCCUUUUUUUAUCAUCUCUCUUCGGAAAUGAAGAACCCCCUCAACUUUCACCUGCUGGUAAAUUGAACUAG